AUGAUAAGAGGCUUACAACGGCUGGGAUGGAAAAAAGUCGACGUUAGCUUCCACUCGGCGUUCUGGCCGUUCUUUGCCCACAACAACAUUCAUGUGAAGAAUGAAUGGUUUCAUAAUGCUGGAACUGGAGUGGUUGCUCAUGUUGCAGACAGCAUAAAGCAACAAGAAAAGCAACAGGAAUGUUCCUCAUACAUUGCUGCUAGCUUGUAG